AUGAGUAAUAAUAAUAGUAGUAAUAUUAAAAAGAAGCUUCAAGAUUCAGACACAGACAAUAGACAUUUAAAAAAGCUUGAAAAUUUAUCAAUAAAUAAUGAAAAUAGUAAUAUCAAUAAUACCAAUGAUGAAGUAACCAACACAACUCUAACUAUAAAUGGUUUAAACCAUCCAAUUAAAGAAAAUAAAAAUAGUAGUAAUAAUAAUAGUAAUAAUACCAACAACAACAACAACAGUAGCAACAACAAUAACAAUAAUAACAAUAACAAUAACAAUAAUAACAACAAUAAUAACAAUAUCAAAAAUAAUAAUAAUAAUAAUAAUAAUAAUAAUAAUAAUAAUAAUAAUAAUAAUAAUAAUAAUAAUAAUAAUAAUAAUAAUAAUAAUAAUAAUAAUAAUAAUAAUAAUAACAAUAAUAAUGAAAAUAAAAAUAAAAAUAAUAAUUGUAAAAUGAAUAAUGUUUAUUCAAAUACAAAUAAUGUUUCACCACCAGUUUUUUCAUUAAUUAAUCAAAGUUAUAUCAAUCCAACUCAAGUUUUUAUAGUUUGCUCAAAAUGGACAAGUUUCUUAAAUGAUAUAAAUAAAUCAUACACAAAAAACAUUCCAUCCGAUUUAGUAGCAUUAAAUAUUAAUACUACUUUGGAGGAUUCCCUAUAUCUUUUAUCAGAGAAUGGAGUAACUUCUAGCCCAGUAAUGGAGGAAGAUGACGAAGUUAGUUCAUCAGAUGAAGAUACAGAAAGUCAUGCUUUUUCUGAAGAUAGUGAUAGUGAGGAUAGUUUAAAUAGUAGCGGAGAAUAUUUUGAAAAUGGGAAUAACAAUAACAAUAAUAAUAAUAACAAUAACAAUAAUAAUAACGAUAGUUGCCCAACAGUUCAUGUGGUUAGCCCAGAUGAAUUAAGAAGUAUGAAAAAACAUGAAAACCAAAAUGAUUGUGAUAACUUAUUAAAUGAUAGUAUUUCAAAUAGUAUUAAUAGCAGCAACAACAACAACAACAACAACAACAACAACAACAACAACAACAACAACAACAACAACAACAACAACAACAACAACAACAACAACAACAACAAUACUGCAUCAAUGAAAAAGAGGAGUAAUUUUUAUAGGGGUAGACACAAUCGUCAUAGUAUUAAAGGAAGUAAAAAAAUAGUAACUCCUUAUCAUAAUUUUAAUCACUGUACAAAUGGUAAUCAUAGUGGUAAAGAUAGUUAUUUAAGAUCAAAUGGUUUAAAUAGUUCAUCAGAAAGUGUUGGUAGUAAUAAUAGUAAUGGUAGUAGUAAUAGUAAUCACAAUAAUAAAAAUAAUAAUUCUAAAAAUAUCAAUCAAUUUAAACAUAUUCAACAACAACAACAAAAUCACCAUCAACCACAACCACCUCCACAACAACAGCAUUUACCACAAAUUCCUGCAAAAAAGAGAUAUAAAUAUAGAGGAUUGGUUGGAGUAUUGGAUAUUUUAUCAUUUAUGUCUUAUUUAUUGCAUCGUAGAAAUAUUUUAGGUAUGAAUCCAGAUCAUAUGAAUAUAUUGAAACAAUCAUUAAAACAAGUUAUAAGCUUUUCAACAUUAAAUGACAUGAGAUCAGUAAAGGAUGAUAUGUCACUCUUACAGGCAUUGGAGGUAUUGGUCAGUAAAUCUCCCCCCUUUAAAAUUCAUCGUGUACCUGUUUUCAACUAUGAUAAUGAAUUGGUAGGAAUUUUAUCACAAACUGAUUUCCUUUACUUGGCUAGGGAAAAUUUACAUCAAUUAUCAACUAAUUCACAUAAAUCCAUCAAAGAUUUGAAAUUAAUGUUUCCUGUUGUUUCCUUUACAGCUGAUACUGUCACAAAGGAUGCUUUUCAAUUAUUAAGACCAAAUAGAAUUAAUGGUGUUGCAAUAGUUGAUGAAAAGACUGGUCGUUUAAUUCAUUGUUUAUCUUCUGACGAUUUAAAGAAUAUAACAAGUUUAAAAUUUGAUUUAUUAUUUAAACCAAUAAAAGAAUAUUUAGAUUCAUCUGGUGGUGUUAAAACACCAAUGACAAUAACAGAGAAUACAACAUUAGUUGAAGUUAUUAAAAUAAUGUGUGACCAUAAAGUUCAAAGAUUAUUUACAGUCGAUAAAGAUUUCAGACCAUUAACAGUCACAACCAUCUCCGAUGUUUUAUUAAUAUUACUUAAUUGUUAA